CCGGGCUGGUCCUGGAUGAAACCAUGCAGGAACGUGAUUAUGGAGAUAAUGCCAAAUUCCUUUAAAGCUGUACGAAAACGCAGGACUGUCCUGGAAAUGAAAAGCGAAGCCUUGAUUGUGGAUUUACGAAAGGUCUGCCAGCCAGCCCACCCGCCGAAGCGCGUGGACAAAUGAAAACUGUUGAAAACUAGAGGCCGAUUCUUAGGGUGCAGCGUUCAUGAACUUGUAGGUGGGACGAGUCAUCGGAACCGUCUAUCUCCACAAAAGUAGCUCGAUGUCGAUCGGCUCAGACUGGACGACGCCUGUAGGCCCAUCGCGUCUGUUGUACAGACCUGAUGGGGAUUGGGGAAGUGCGACUCGAGCUCGGAGCCUCGGAGCUUGUGACUGGAGGGAUGCGCACAACGCCAGUGCCCAUGAUCUUUUGCCUAGGCUACGUCUCGAUGGAUAAGUGGCAGAUUCACUGGACGAGCAACACUGUAAGCCGUGUCCGAAAUGGAGCGCUGGAGCAAAUACCUGAAGGGCGGUAGAUCCAAUGCAUGACAUGGCCAAGCUUGUAAACAAUACUAUAAAAGAUUAUUUUCUACUGCUCUUCAUAUUAAUUUUUCAGGCGAAGCUUGAAAAUAAUUCGCAAGUUGACACUAGGUACCGGAUGCUGGAGAGCCAAACGUCGGCCCAGCUGUUCACUUAUUGCUCGAGUGUUCUUGGUGAGAAAGCUCCAAGUGGGAUGGGAUGGAGCAUGGAGCGAGUGGAGUCUCGUCCGAGGUUUUGUCUCGUCAGAGCGUACGUGAGAGAACGUCCAUAGUCCUGAAAGCCUGCUCCCAUGCUAGUUAGCGCAGGCUUCAGCACUGCUGAAUUGGAGGCACAACAAAAUUUCUCGGGGCAUGCCUAUGCCCCCUUUCAAGAUCAAAAGUCAUGCCCCAUGCCGCCAGG